UAGACGACUCAAAUUCUGAAACCAAACAGGUAAUUGCCACAAGUGUUGCAGAGCAGACAACCCCCAAAUAAUAUAUAUGUUACUGAGUGGUUUAGUUUGCAUAAUUCAAAGCAAAAGGUACAACACCAUCCAUCGGGGACGCUUUUCAGUUUUUGGUGCGGAUCUUCAUAUAAAUUAUUAUUCCGGGUUAUAUAUUAUUGUUUGAUUUAAUAGAUAUAUAUAAUAUGGGGGAACCAUCUGAGAAUCCUUCUACAGAAGAGAAAUGGAUAGCCGACAACAUAUCGGGGGAACAAUAUGAGAAUCCUUCUACAAUAGAGAUAGUCGACAACAUAUCGGGGGAACCAUCUGAGAAUCCUUGUACAAAAAAGAAAUGGACAGCCGACAACAUAUCGGAGGAACCAGCUGACAGUACUUCUACAAAAGAGGAAUGGAUAGCCGACAUCAUAUCGGGGCUCCAUAAAAGACGUCCACCACUUCCUUGUUGGAGCAUCUGCAAAGUUCCGACGAACAUUCGAUCGGUAAAUGAAGAUGCUUACACUCCUCACAUGGUCUCAAUUGGACCAAUCCAUCAUGAAGACAAAAAGUUAUUUGCUAUGGAGGAUCACAAAAAGUGGUACCUGAACUCCCUCUUCAAUCGUACCCAUUACCCUAAAGAAAUGCUCGGGGCUUGUUACGUUACCCUCUUAGAUCUUGAUGAACAGGUCCGCAAUUGCUAUGCAGAACCAAUCGAGUAUCAUAAAUUUGCGCUUGCGGAAAUCUUAUUACAUGAUGCAGGGUUUAUACUUGAGCUUUUCUUCAGCUACAAAGAAUUUCAAACGAGUAAAGAAACGGAUCUCGUAUUCUCGACUUCUUGGAUAAUCUCGACGCUGCGGCGUGACUUGACGCUCCUGGAGAAUCAGAUUCCUUUCUUUGUUCUAAAAUCUGUGUUUCAUAAGCUUAUAGCACCGGAUGCUAGUGGUGGUUUUCCAACGCUCAAAGAGCUUGCUCUUCUAUUUUUCAAGUCAACUUCGAAUAGCAGCGAAGAAGCAUUAAACUCAAAAAUUAACGAGGAGGUUAACCAUUUGCUUCACUUGUUGUACAACCGUUAUCUUCCUUCAAAUCCUAUGCAUUCACCAGAUGAGGAAACAUAUGAAGUCAUACAUUGUGCAACAUCACUCAGUCAGGCUGGGGUAGUGUUUCAAAAGAAUACCACAAACGACAUGUUCGACAUACACUUCCACAAUGGCACAUUCAAAAUUCGACCGCUACGCGUUCAUCACUUUACUGAUUCACUCUUCAGGAACCUCGUAGCUUUCGAGCAAUGUCAACAUGACAGCAUACAUUAUAUUACAUCAUACAUCAUGCUCAUGGAUAGACUGAUCGAUACAGCAAAUGAUGUCGAGUUACUUCAACGGAAGGGAAUCAUUGUGAAUGAAUUGAGUUGUGGAGAUGAUGUUUCAAAUCUCUUCAACAAUCUCUGCAAGGAAUUUGGUUUCAAAAAGUUCUAUUUUGCAGGAUUAUGCAAUCAAGUUAAUGCCUACGCUAAGACCCGUUGGCAUCGUUAUAUAGCUUCAGCGAGACGUGACUACUUUAACAAUCCAUGGAGUAUUAUGUCCUUCUUGGCUGCUGUUGCAUUUAUUGUUCUUACUUUCUUGCAGACCCUGUAUUCUUUACUUUCUUAUUACAAAAGUUGAUACUUCUUCCAGAAAUACUUCUGGUUUGUUCUUGUUGAAUAAUCACAGGUUCACAA